CUUCAGCAAUUCUAAACACAAACAAACCAUUUUAAAAGUCGUUUUGUCCCUUCUAACAUCAGAUCAGCAUAGCAAUGCCCACUCCUCUGUUAGUCCAGAUCACAAGGAGUGUUUCUCUAUCUCCUUCAUUCCGCACCUUCAUUUCUCGCAUUGGCAGCUCAAUCCACCGUGCAUGCUCUCGACAUCGACCGUGGCUGGAACUCUUUGAAUUCGCAGCGUAUUCUCGGCCUCAAUCACUGUCCAAUUCCACAACAAGGAUCCGUAAAAAUGUUUCCUAUUUCUGGACUAACUACCUUACAUUGAUCGGUGGUGUGCUUGCUUUCUCUCUUUUAUCUCAUCCACUGUCCCUCCUCUCUCUCCUUCUACUCCUUGCUGCUUGGAUCUUUCUUUACUUCUUUAAACCAUCUGAGCAGCCAUUGAUCCUCCUCGGCCAUACACUAUCGAACAAUGAAAUUCUGGCUAUCUUGGUAGGCGCUACACUCACAGUGAUGUUCUUUACGAGUGUUGCGUCUCUGAUCAUUUCUGCAACUCUAAUUGGUGUAGCCAUUGUGUGUCUCCAUGGUGCCUUCAGAGAUCCGGCAGAGCUUUUCCUCGAUGAACAAGAUCGGGUUUCUUCAUCUAGUUUAUUUUCUAUUGCAAAUGGUGCUUCAAUGACCUCGAUUCCUGCUUCUGUCCGUGAAGUUGUUUCCAUAGUCUGACCUUAAACUUCAAAUCUCAAUGGUGCACAAUAAUGUCAAUUGUAUUAGACUUAGGGCAUGAUAUACUGUCUACUCCUUGGAUCAGUAGUCCAUUUAGUACUUCUCUUUUAAAGCUAUCUAUAAAAAAACUUACAUUUUUUCCCAAAACAGCAAGG